ACUCCGCGCCUCCCCUCCCGUCUUGCCGCUUCUUUGAGCGGAAGUUGGAUCAUUGAAGCGCCAAAAAAGAAUUUAGGGGAACACAUGAUUUUCGCUUGAGGCACGAUUGCGGCGCUGUACGCUACAGAUACUUUCUGGAAGCUGCGGUGGGGAAACUGAGUUUCCCGAGUCGUUGAGAAAGAUGGGAUUCAGCACCGCGCGGGGACCACAGGAAAGCUGCGGCUGAAGAGAACCGCGGACUUGGCAGGAGCCGCCUGAGGAGCUCAGAUCUCGGAGACUCUUAGUCCGGUCGUGCUUCUCUACGGGACGGGGGGAGGGAGAAUCCAGCCGGACAGAUCUGCGCGUAUCCUGGAGCCGGCCCAGUUGUGAACUAGGAGAAGUUUGGGACCUCUGUCCCAAGCAAGAGAGAUGAAUAGAGAGUAUAGAGGCAGAGGAUUUGGACGAGGAAGAUUUCAAAGCUGGAAAAGAGGAAGAGGUGGUGGGAACGUCUCAGGAAAAUGGAGAGAAAGAGGACACAGACCUGAUCUGAGUAAAACCACAGGAAAGCAUACUUCUGAACAAACCCCACAGUCUUUGCUUUCAACAAAGACCCGACAGUCAAUGCAGUCAACAUUGGAUCAGCUCAUACCAUAUAAAGGCUGGAAGCUUUAUUUCUCUGAAGUUUACAGCGAUAGCUCUCCUUUGAUUGAGAAGAUUCAAGCAUUUGAAAAAUUUUUCACAAGGCAUAUUUAUUUGUAUGACAAGGAUGAAAUAGAAAGAAAGGGAAGUAUUUUGGUGGAUUUUAAAGAACUGAUAAAAGAUGAUGAAGUAACUAACUUGAUACCAGAUACAGCAAAUGAACUAAGAGAUGCACCUGAGAAAACUUUGGCUUGCAUGGGUUUGGCAAUACAUCAGGUAUUAACUAAGGACCUUGAAAGGCAUGCAGCUGAGUUACAAGCCCAGGAAGGAUUGUCUAGUGAUGGAGAAACAAUGGUAAAUGUGCCACAUAUUCAUGCAAGGGUGUACAACUAUGAGCCUUUGACACAGCUCAAGAAUGUCCGAGCAAAUUACUAUGGAAAAUACAUUGCUCUAAGAGGGACAGUGGUUCGUGUCAGUAAUAUAAAGCCUCUUUGCACCAAGAUGGCUUUUCUUUGUGCUGCAUGUGGAGAAGUUCAGAGUUUUCCUCUUCCAGAUGGAAAAUACAGUCUUCCCACAAAGUGUCCUGUGCCUGCAUGUCGAGGCAGGUCAUUUACUGCUCUCCGCAGCUCUCCUCUCACAGUUACAAUGGACUGGCAGUCAAUCAAAAUUCAGGAGUUGAUGUCUGAUGAUCAGAGAGAAGCAGGUCGGAUUCCACGAACAAUAGAAUGUGAGCUUGUUCACGAUCUUGUGGAUAGCUGUGUCCCGGGAGACACAGUGACUGUUACUGGAAUUGUCAAAGUCUCAAAUGCAGAAGAAGGUUCUCGAAAUAAGAAUGACAAGUGUAUGUUCCUUUUGUACAUUGAAGCAAAUUCUAUUAGUAAUAGCAAAGGACAGAAAACAAAGAGUUCUGAGGAUGGGUGUAAGCAUGGAAUGUUGAUGGAGUUCUCACUUAAAGACCUUUAUGCCAUCCAAGAGAUUCAAGCUGAAGAAAACCUGUUUAAACUCAUUGUCAAACGGAGUCUUGCUCUGUUGCCCAGGCUGGAGUGCAGUGGUGCGAUCUCGGCUCACUGCAACUUCCAUCUCCCAAGUUCAAACAGUUCUCCCACCUCAGCCUGCCGAGUAGCUGAGACUACAGGCACGUGCCACCACACCCAGCUACUUUUGCUUGUUAAAGCAGGUUUGGCAUUAGCACUCUUUGGAGGAAGCCAGAAAUUUGCAGAUGACAAAAACAGAAUUCCAAUUCGAGGAGACCCACACAUCCUUGUUGUUGGAGAUCCAGGCCUAGGAAAAAGUCAGAUGCUACAGGCAGCAUGCAAUGUUGCUCCACGUGGCGUGUAUGUUUGUGGUAACACCACGACCACCUCUGGUCUGACAGUAACUCUUUCAAAAGAUAGUUCCUCUGGAGAUUUUGCUUUGGAAGCUGGUGCCCUGGUACUUGGUGAUCAAGGUAUUUGUGGAAUCGAUGAAUUUGAUAAGAUGGGGAAUCAACAUCAAGCCUUGCUGGAAGCCAUGGAGCAGCAAAGUAUUAGUCUGGCUAAGGCUGGUGUGGUUUGUAGCCUUCCUGCAAGAACUUCCAUUAUUGCUGCUGCAAAUCCAGUUGGAGGACAUUACAAUAAAGCCAAAACAGUUUCUGAGAAUUUAAAAAUGGGGAGUGCACUACUAUCCAGAUUUGAUUUGGUCUUUAUCCUGUUAGAUACUCCAAAUGAGCAUCAUGAUCACUUACUCUCUGAACAUGUGAUUGCAAUAAGAGCUGGAAAGCAGAGAACCAUUAGCAGUGUUACAGUAGCUCGUACGAAUAGUCAAGAUUCAAAUACUUCGGUACUUGAAGUAGUUUCUGAGAAACCAUUAUCAGAAAGACUAAAGGUGGUUCCUGGAGAAACAA